GCUCGUGUGCCUGACAGAGUACAUACAUAUUCUUCGCUCGCUUCUUCCUACCCCAGUCAGUCCACGAGCUUAUCCAGUCUCUCUCUUUUCCACUCUCGCGGUUUGCUUUGGAUCUCCCCCCCCCCCCCCCCCCAAACAAGCGUCGACGGACCGCAGCCAUCCUCGAGCCAUCCCUCGAGCCAUGAUCUUGCCACGCGCCUCCGAGACGCCCGCCCCGGCGGCGGUGGGGUCCGAGUUCGGGACGACGCCCGACACCAAGCCGGAGCCGCGUCUGGACGGCGUCGGCAUCUGGUGGAUCACCUUUGGUGCCGUCUGGACCGCCCUCCUCGUCUGCGGCAUGACAUUCCUUUACAAGAAACGCAACACGCCGACCCUUCGACUCCGCUCGCUCUCCUUGACCUUUUCCGGCAUCAUUCUCUUACAUCUCUACUGGAUCUCGGUCCAGAUCGCCUACUCCGUCGGCCCGCUAGCCCCCGAGGUCGCCGAGUACUGGAUCAUGGGGGUCUGGUAUCCCUUCGGCAUCGCCCUCUUCCACGCCGGCAACAGCCAGUUUCUCCACGUCGCCAAGGCCCAGAGCCGCUUCGCCCGUCCGCCGAGUCAGAUGAAGACGCGCUACGACGAGAAGCGGCUGGUCCGAAGGCCCAAUCUCUUUCAAGCCAUCAUGCAGAUGGACUACUCGAAGCGCAUGUUUAUGUUUGUUACCAUGGGCAUGACGGUGCAGCUGCUCGUGGUAGUCAUCAUCUACCUCAUCUCGCGCAAAUUUCAUUCCGACUUUGGCAUUCCCGGCACUGAGGUGACGGGUAGCUCGCCCGCGGAGAUCGCCAUGAAGCAGGGCAGAGGCUGGGAGUGGUGGCCCUCGAUCGUCUGGCAGUUCGUCUGGGCCUGGAUCAUCGCCCCCAUCAUCCUCUGGCGAUCUCGCGGCAUUCAUGACACGCACGGCUGGCAACGCCAGACCAUCGCCUGCUGCAUUGCUGGACUCCCAGCAGCGCCAAUGUGGCUCAUUGCGCUCUAUGUCCCCGGCAUGGCACCGGUGAACAAGUACUUUGUGCCGCCGCAGUGGAUCGCCCUCACCAUCAUGGUCAUGGAGAUCUGGACCGUCUUUGUCCCAUGCUGGGAGAUCCAUAAACACCAGACGCUACGCCAGGAGACGCUCGAGUCCAUCGCCAACUGGGAGUCCAAGAAGCGGCUCGGGACCAAGUCGGAGACCUCGAGCGACAGGAGCGGUGGACCGCCCCUGAGUCCGACCUCGACCAAAGUCGGCGACUCGGGCGGUUUCGACUCGUGGAAGAAGCUGUCGAACCUCGAGUCCAACAGCAGCCAAAGCAACCUCGGCCCCGACGAGAGCGUCCUGACCAUGGCCGCGCUCGAGCACGUCUUGGAAAAGAACCCGGAGCCGCUGCGCCAGUUCUCGGCCCGCAAGGACUUCUCGGGCGAGAACAUCGCCUUCUUGACCGCCGUCUCGGAGUGGAAGAACGGCCUCCCGGCCGACUUCGUCCGCGGCCGCUUCGACGCGAGCCCGGACGCGGUGCGGGACCAGUUCACGCGCGCCCUGCGCAUCUACACCGAGUUCAUCUCGCCGCGCGAGGCCGAAUUCCCCAUCAACAUCGCCUGGGCCGACCUGCGCAAGCUGCAGGGCGUCUUCGAGCGCGCCGCCCGCAGCCUCGCCGCCGCGAACCCGUCCUCCCCGGUCAACCACGCCGAUGCCGCCACCCCCUUCGCCGACGACAACUUCGUCUCGACGCCGGCGGCGGCGGCGGCAGCAGGAGCAGCGGCCAUGAAGACGCCAGCCGAUACUGCUGCCCCGAACAAGGCGCCCCCCUCCCGCGACUCCCAGGUCCACAUCCUGGACCCCCCCGGGCCCGAGCCCGAGGCCGAGUCCGAGCCCGCCCGGCGGACGCCGCCGACGUCGUCCCGGGGUAAUAACCACAUCCCGCUGACCGUCAAGAUCGUGACCCCGCCACCGACGGCAACGCCGCCGCCGCCACCGCCGUACCCGGUCUACGAGGGCGACAUCCCGGAGGCCUUCGACGCCACCGUGUUCGACGCCGCCCAGGCCAGCAUCAAGUACCUGGUGCUGACCAACACGUGGCCCAAGUACGUGCGCGAGCGGCGCGGCUCCGAGAGCGGCUCCAGCAGCGGCGCCCCCUCGGAGCGCGGCGGCGGCUCCGCCCCGAGCACCCUCGGCGGCGGCAGCGUGCGGAGCAAGAUCAGCCUCAAGAGCGCCUUGGGUUUCUUGAAGGGCGUCAUUCACUGAUUUCACCUCAUCAUCAUCAUCACUCGUUAUAUAUAUAUAUGUAUGUCAAAUCUUUCCUGUCCUUUCUUCUCCUUGUUAUGGUGGGUGCUUGAUGAAUGAGCGGAGGGAGGCCCGGUGGGUCAGACAUUGGGUUCAUAUCCCCGGUGGUGCAGCGCCGCGGGCCGGGCCGCUUAUGGAUUCUCUGCGGAUGGGGAUGUUGACGGCUGGAUGACUUCAGGAUUGCGGUUGACAUCAAGAAGGAUGAAUUCAGUUUCGGUAUUAUACCCCUUCGUGUACAUUAUCUUAGUCUUAGUCGUAAUACCCCCGUUUUUCCCU